GUCUACAACAUACAGGUAGUUCCUCUAACAGGAUUUGCAGGUAUUGUAUUGUCUCUUGUACGUCAUUUCCGCGUAUGAUAUAAAUAUGCUUCAACUCCCUUACAUGCCCCGGAUACUCUCGAUUUAUGCCCAUUGUCACUUAGUCUGAUGCAAACAGUCUCGCUACAACUCAAUCGAUCAGGACCGAGGCGAAAUCAGGUUCCUUGUGUCAGUAUCUUCAAGUUCUCAACUAUCAUACUCACAUAUUUAUAUAUGUAGUCUCUUGAAAGGUCACUUGCAUCUCAUGGACCUGCGCAUUCCGUACAUGUCGGGACGCGCAAAGUACGCCACUAGAUCUAUACUGGACCUUUCUAGGGAGUCGUAGACUAUUUAUCCCCAUACACCAUUCUCGAUUAUCGUACACCUCGGAGACUUCCUUAUAGAGCGAACUAUCCCUCUCAUAAGACCCUUUUUAUUCGUCACCGAGAACGAACAGGGUACCUUGUUGACAGCAUUGGGGGGCAUAUGUGACAAGCUUCUUCGCGUCCGUCUCCUACAAGUACCCCUCCGCAAGCUCGACUUCGCAGUUGCUAUGAUCAAUGCGUCUGCUAGUGAGGCCAUCCCCUCUGUUCCUCCUCGCACACAAGCAGCCCUCCCAUGUCCACAACGCCGAAUUUGGAUAUUCUCUCAGCUGUUCGUAUCGUAUCUCAGACACAAGCAGUAAGCCGUAGUGAAGUCGCUGCUGUUGUACUCCUGACCUACGACAUCUUGACAACCUUUGGUGACGAGGUUGAAUUGAUAUGGCGAAAACAAUGGACGACGGCAAAGGGCAUGUACUUCGCUUCCCGCUACAUUCCGUGGAUGUUCGAAUUAGCUCUAUUGACCAUCAACAUCGAUGGCACGACCGGUCUAUUCUUCACCAUGUCGCAAUGUCGGAAGUGGAUGAUCGUCCAAGCCGUCACCCUCCAACUGAUUGUAACGAUCGUGGAUGUGAUUCUGAUGACUCGAGUGUAUGCCCUGUUUAAUAGGAAUCGAACCCUUCUAUGGGUGCUUAUCGUCCUAUUCUGCGGUGAAAUCAGUUAUAUGUCUUAUGUUCUAAGCUAUGUCACGCCCAAACUGACUUACAACGACGAUUGUUUCGUUACAUCGAGUCCACCGAUUUUCGUAUCUUACUGGAUCGUAUCUCUCGUAUUCGAGACAUUUCUUUUCCUCCUUACACUCGUGAAGUUCUUCGAGGCUCUCCGGCGCGGAUGGGGUCAUCGGCCUAUCAUGCGACAGUUCAUAUCAGACGGGACGUGGGCAUAUGCUCUCAUCUUCGCUACGAUGUCCCUCAACUCGAUGUUGUACAAAUUCGUUCAUUCGCCGUUAGCAGGGAUUUGCUUCACAUGGUUACUGUCGGUGUUGUCCAUCGCUGGCUCUCGGCUCGUCUUGAACCCACGCAGGAGGUCGCAGGAGGAAUCAUCCAAGCUAGAAGAUCUUUCGCCUAUCUCACCGACGACUCGCCUAGCCUUUAAAGACACACAACUCGACAGUAGCCUCAGCACGAAUGGAUUUUAGUGAGCCAUCAAGUUAUCAUAUCAGACUCUGCCGUGGAGACUACGGCCCCGGGAGGCCCGAUAACCACUACUAGACCAACCAUCCCGUACCCUCCUAUCACCAGUACUAGCACCCUUAUCCCGUAGAUAAGGAAAGGCGGGGUACAGUGUCGAAGCUAGAAUUCGGGAAGGCUGCUGUCCACAGUCGAGGUGAUUGUGACGGUUGUGGUGACCUGUGGGAAGGGGACAAGAACAAGUGCGGGGAAUAGAUGAGAGUGUCUAUAAGUAGGAGUAAAGAACGACAAACUGUCUAGCAGAGCUGUAACAAUGCCCAUUAAUAUAGAAGUUAACAACGACCCUUCAUUAUCAAUUGCAGAGCUUUAGAUUAAAAUAAAGUACCUGUAUAGAG